AUGAGUGACAAGUCUCAGGUUCCGGCAGAGGCUGCAGCAGCUGGCGGCGGCGUCAAGCCGCUGGUGGCCUUCCUGGGUCCCCAGGCCUCGUACACCCACCAGGCUUCAGUGCAAGCUUUCCCGGACGACGAGUGGGAUCUGCGGCCGGUUGUCACCAUCACGGACAUUUUCGAGGUCGUGCAAGCCGGUGAGGUCGCCUUCGGCGUCGUCCCCGUCGAGAACUCAACCAACGGGUCCGUGCUGUUCACGCUCGACAACUUCGCCGACCGCAACGCCUUGUACCCGGAUAUCUCUGUGUGCGGCGAGAUCUAUCUGGACGUGCACCACUUCCUCGUCGGCCGCCGGCCGCCCCGCGUCCUCAACGACGACGCCGCCGGGGCCGGCGGCUCCGGUGGCGACGGCUCCGGCGCCUGCACCCCGACGGCCUCGGACCCCAACCCCCUGAAGCCGCGGACCAAGCCGCUGUGCAGCCUCAAGCACAUCCAGCGGCUGUACUCGCACCCGCAGGCCUGGGGCCAGUGCGUCGCCUUUCUGCAGACGUAUCUCAAGGGCAUCGAGGCCAUCGACGUGAGCUCGACCAGCCGCGCCGCCGAGCUCGUCUCCAUGGACGAGACGGGCACCAGCGCCGCCAUCUCGAGUGAGAUCGCCGCCCGCAUGCACGGCAUCGACGUGCUGGCGCGCACCAUCGAGGACCGCGAGGACAACACGACGCGCUUCUUCAUCAUCCGCAAGGGCCUGGACGGCAAGAUGCCGGGCCACUGCGAGCGCAAGAGGGGCAGGACCAAGUCGAUGGUGUCAUUCACGGUCCCGCACGAGGCCCCCGGCGCGCUGGCUGACGUGCUCGAGUGCUUCCGCAAGUUCAGGCUCAACCUCACGAGCAUCAACAGCAGGCCGAGCCUCACGGGGCCCUUUGAGUAUGUCUUCUUCGUCGAGUUUAAGGGCCACAGGUUCCAGGACCCGGACGGCAGGGUCAAGGGGGCGCUCGAGGGGGUCGCCCAGGUGGCGGAGAAGCUGAGGUGGCUAGGGAGCUGGGAGGACCAGCGGUCAUGA